AUGACUUCUCAGAAGCUGGAGUUGAAGAGUUGGAUAGUAACAGCGUACAGGAUAAAAAUAUUCAGCAAUUGGAUGCAAGGUAUUGAGUAUAUGUCAUCACUGGAUUUGGAUGUCAUCAGUGAAGAUGAAUUUAACAACAUUGAAAACUCGACUAUCGACUGGGAAGAUAACACCUGGUGUCCUGAUAUGGAGACAGAGUCUGUGUCAUCACUUGAAGAAGAAGAAACAAAGGAAAUAGAUACAGACUAUGAUGACAGUGAUGAUGAAGACUAUAUGCCACGUAUUUGUGUGCGGACUGGCGGUGCUCUGAAGAGUCAUAUUUGUCUGGAUGCACUUCCAACAAUUAGUAUGGAGGACACUGUGCAUGAUACUGAAGACAACUCCCAAGACCCUACUAUUGCAGACAUGCAUCCAAUCCCAGAGACUGCUAAAGUCCUGGUUGAGGAUGAUAUCAUUGGCCAGCCAGCAUCUAUAACAUACCACAGUUGUCUGAAGCUGCUUGCAGAAUAUCUUGUUCUACCUGUGAACAUAUGUACUGCUAAGGACACAAACACAAAUGUAGAGUGUGGGGCACAUAAACCAUUUGAGGUCAACAUCCAUUCCAGGGGUACAGCUGCAAUUGUAGAAUGGAUAUGUUGUAACGGUCACACUGUUUGGAAAUGGUCUUCACAGCCCUUUUUUAAAUAUGCAAUGCUUGCUGGGGACUUUAUGUUGGCCUGUAACAUACUGCUGUCUGGCAACAACUAUGCCAAGAUUUCCCUUCUCUUUAAAUUCAUGAAUAUGGGGAUGGUGGAGAGGUCGUCUUUUUUUCGAGUACAAGACUCCUACUGUGUGGACACCAUAAAGGAGUUCUGGAAUGAGAAGAGAGCUGAAAUCAUUGCCCAGCUACACGCUAAAGGGCCUAUUGUCGCCCUAGGUCAUGCUCGGAUGGACAGUCCUGGAUUCUGUGCACAGUAUUGCACAUUACACAACCAUGGAAAAUGAUUCCAAGCACAUAAUCUACAUGGUCAAUAUCGACAAGAGGGAGACAAACAGGAA